AUGUCGUCCUCCAAGCAUCAGCCUCGACAACGGAAGCGUCGCACGUUCCAUCCUCCUCCCUUGUUUUGGGAGAAUCUCACGAAGCUGUGGUUGACCAAGAGCGCGCUGCGAGAAGCUGACCGACGAUAUCACCUCUUAUCCUUAGAUCAGAGUAUCUCGUCCUCUCGCUCUUACACCUUCGCUCCAGAUUACUUGCGCAACUGCUCAGCUACUUGUUUACAAGAGAUCAGAAAGCUUUCCCACCGUGGAGGGCCAGAUCUAUCAGAUAUCAGAAACUAUCCCGCCCCAGUCCACUUCAGUCAGCACUCAAUGGAUCCUACCAACUCCAGCUCCAGGGGACCAACUCCAAAGACCGGAAACACGACUGUCUAUGACCCACAUUUUGAAAGUCAUAUGGCCAACCACGGUAUUUUCUUGCCCGAUGCUAGAUACUCAGAUGGGACUAAGGUCGGCGAACCGGAGAAUAUGGCCGAUAUUCAAAGACAAUUACAAGCCCGUCGUCCGUCUCUCGCAUUGUCUGAAGGUUCCCUGCGCAAAGAAUAUACAAAAUUUAGAGAACUAAACGCCUGGACCUCCGACGAGCAACUUGUGAUCCAAAAAAUCCUUCCAAUUCUCAAUGGUCCGCAACAAUCGUCCUUCCAUGAUGGCGGCAACCAUCCAUUCACGAAUCUGGCGCCGCUCACGGACGGCACCCUCGCCAAUGCUAAGCCUGAUAUGUACCACGGCGCGCCGCCUUGCCAGCUGCAUCCUCGUGUCCAGGAACAGCUCAAUGACCAGAUCAUCCCGACCCGGCAGACCAGCCGUCCCAUCACGCCUAAUUUCUUCGUCGAGGCAAAGGGUCACUGUGGCUCGCCGUAUGUGCUGAAACGUCAGGCCUUGUAUGAUAGCGCUCUGGGCGCUCGAGCAAUGCAUUCCCUCCAGCAAUAUGGACAUGCGCAAGAGGGGCGCCACAGCAGCAACAGCAUCAGCAUCGGCAGCAAUAGCAUCAACCGACCACAGGAUGACAAUUGCUCUGAUCCUGCGCCUGCUCCCGGCCCUGCACAUGAUUCCACCCACGAUAAUCACGCCUAUUCGAUCGCUUCUACCUUCCAUGACGGAACGCUGGGCAUCUAUGCGACCCAUCCGACGCGGACUCCGAGCAAUAUCAACCCUGGCGCAGACCGUCAGACAGAUUACGUGAUGACCCAGAUCGGGCAUUAUUCUUUGAUCGGGAGUCCGGAAUCCUACCAACAGGGUCUAAGCGCGUAUCGCAAUAGCCAGGACCUGGCGAAAGAAUAUCGGGACGAGUUUAUCAGGCAGGCGAAUGAGCGACAUGAAGCUGGUCGUUAG